AUGGAGUUGUUUACUUCUUUGCUUACAGAAGCAAUCGUUCUGUCUGAUGUAAAAAACAUAAUGAAAUUCGUCCAUGCCAGACUACACGAAAAAGACAAGCUCAGUGCUUUCCUGAAGAAAAAGAUUAGUGAUUUGGAGACAGACAAGAGGGAGCUGGUUGGUGUCUUUGGUAAAACUGGGGCUGGAAAGAGUUCUCUGAUAAAUGCCAUCAUUGAAGAGAAGAACCUUUUGCCUUCUGGAAGUGUCAGUGCAUGCACCUCAGUCAUGAUCAAAGUGGAGGCUAACAUGCAAGGCUCUAACUAUGAGGCAGACAUUGAGUUCAUCACACCAGAGGAGUGGAAAGAUGAGUUGUGGUCAUCUUAUCAGUUUCUUGGGGAUAAUGAAGACUGUGAAAUGGAUGUUGAUAAUGACUAUCAUGACAUCAGUGAAAAGUUUUCAGCGCUCUAUGGAGAAGAAUGGAGAGGAAAGUCCUAUGAAGAUCUCAUGGAUGGAAAAUAUUUCAAAGAAAUUCCAGAAUUUCUCCAAGGCAGGAGGAAGAUUUUGUCAUGUGAAUCAGCUAAAGAACUCUCUGCAAGAUGUGUCAAAUACACAAGAAGUGACUCUAAACAGGGAAGUGGUAAAAAUGUAAAGAAGUGGUACUGGCCUCUAGUGAAGUGUGUGACUGUCAGGGUGCCAAACAAUGAUUUUCUCCAGCAUGUCACACUUGUGGACCUUCCUGGAAAUGGUGACCGUAACAAGAGUCGAGAUAAAAUGUGGAAACAAAUUGUUGAAAAUUGUUCUACUGUGUGGAUUGUAACUGAGAUUAAUAGAGUAAUCGCAGAAAAAGAAGCCUGGGAGAUUCUGGAAAGUGCCAGCAGCUAUAUUGGAAAUGGUGGGGAGUGUCGACAAAUCCUAUUUAUCUGCACUAAGUCAGAUCACAUUGAAGAUUCAGAUGAUCAUUUAGCAGCUCAACGCCAGGACCUUAUAGUUAAAAGAAACAUGCAAGUCAAAGAUGAAGUGAGGAAAGAAUUCAGCAGGCUGCACAAAAUUAAGAAACACUUCACUGAUGACCAUUUCAAAGUCUUCACAGUGAGCUCCAAAGAGUUUCUAAAAAAGAAACGCUUAAAUGCAGAUGAAACUGAAAUACCCAAACUUCAGCAAUUUUUGCAAGAUCUCAAUGACUGUCACUCAGAGACAUUCAACUAUGUGUCUGGAGCUUAUGGGAUUCUGUCUUUGAUUCAAGGGGCCAACUGCAGAGGAGUGGCUAGUAAAAAACAUGCGUGUGGAGAACUUGAGAGAACAAUGAGCCAACAGCUUAAGCAAGUGGCAGAAGCAAUGGCAGAGGCCUAUAGGACUUUUGAGAGAUGCCUUAGCAAGGGAGUUGAGAGCUCCAUCUGUUCAUAUGGACAAAAACUGAAGACCUUCUUGUAUUAUAGAAAGAAGGGUUGUGCUUUUCACAUGACACUAAAGCGUGUUGUUCAGAGUGGUGGCAUCUACAAACAAAAAAAGGGGAAGCAAAUAAACAUUAACAUGAUGUUAGCUUCAUACUUGAUGGACAGCAUUGAUGAAGAUUUCAGAAAGACCUUCCCAAAUGAAGUUAAAUGCGGCGCAUUUAAUGGUGUAAUUGAAACAUUUUCACUUAACACCGAUUUUUUGAAUAAACACCACAAAGAUGUUGAACUGCAGCUGAGAUUUCUCAAGACAGAGGAGGAAAAAAUCAAGGCAAAACUCAAUAAAACCAUCCGGACGCAGAAGAAAGAUGUCUACAACAGUGUGACACAGAAAAUUAAAGAAAUUAUGGAAGAAUGCUACAUCCAGGCUGCAGCAUUCAGAGGACCAGGCACACUGAACAAUAUGAGGGAGACUAUUGAGAGACAUGUGCACUCAAAUAAGGGCAUGUUUGAGCAGGCAAAAAAUACCAUGUUGAAGAAGCUGAAUGCCUUGAUGCAAUACAUCCUAGAGAUGCUGCAGAAAACGAUGAUGGAAUCAAUUGAACUCUCACUUAGGAUGGAUAACUGCUCACUUCCAGAUUUUUCAGCAGAGCUUUCAAUGGUGAAGGAAAAUUAUGACAAACUUGAAAAUAGCCCAGUCGUCCGAUGA